ACUUUUACCUUAUGGCUCCCGCACAGACUUGCUCAGCAUGUAGGGGGCGCAAAGUACGCUGCGACGGCGUGGUCCCCAUGUGCGGGCCUUGUUCCAAGGCUCGUAAGCCAAUCGAGUGCGUCUACACCGCAACGACGGCGGUAUCCACGGCUCCCAAAGGCGAAUACUUGAAGAAAGGCGCUGCGUGUGCACCGUGUCGGCGGAAGAAGAAGAAAUGCGACGCUACGCGGCCAUGCUGUUCUACUUGCAAGGUCGCAGGGAAAGAGAAAGACUGCACAUACGACGAGAGUGUUGAGCAAACAAUAGCGGAAGCUCUACUAUUGCGCACCCAUCUCCUCGAACAACGAUUAGCAGCGUACGAGAGUCAAGUAGGUGCACUCGGAAACCACCCUCACUCCGAUGAGGGGCGGCUCGAACAAGCUGUGGCGUCUUCAUCACGACUAGCUAUCCCCAGCCAUCCGGUCCUGGGCUCACAUGAUUUACCUCUUUUCGAUUUUCCGCAAGCUCUCAACACGCUCUUCGACCGGUUGUCUGCACCUCCGCCCACGGCAGACGUCCAUCACUUAUCCGUCCCACACGAGUCAAUCAGGUUAAGCGAAUUCCGCUCGACAUGGGCUAUACAUGCGCCACAAUACGGCUGUGUCCUUUCGGACGAGAAGAUGCAUGCCUCCCUCGCUGGCGAUCUCACCGGUUUGAUCGUCCACCCUGCUUUCACGUACAUAGCGCAGCUCCUUGGCUGCCUCAUGUGGCAGAUACAACGGCAGGCGUUCGUGUUCCCACAGGUCGAGUACGAGCAGCUGCAGCUGCUUCUUCUCGCGCUCGAAGACAUAGACCCCAUUUCCGAAAUCCAGGCUCGCUACCUCCUGGCCAUCUACUACCUGCUCAAGAAGCAGAUGCAGGAUGGCGAGGCACAGCUCACUAUGGCCAUCGACAUCGUGCACCGACAUAACCUGACGUUUCCCGUGAUGCCGGACACGUUUGACCCCAUUCAGAUGCAAGAGGUCUCACCGCAGCAGGCUGAGCUCAUUGGCGCGUUGGCUCACCUGAUCUACCUCGACCGAGACUCUUCCAUUGUGUUCCGCGUUCCGCCACGCCUAGACACUACCCUGGACGAUGCGCUCACAAAUGUCGCUCUCUACUACCCUGUGCUCGCUAAAACAAACCUAGCAUACCUGCGGGCUAGGAGUCUGCUCCUGUUCCUCCGCGCACGCGAACUCGCAGCGGAAUGGAAGCAAAUGGACUCACUCAUGGACCUCUUUUGUCCGCCGCGUGGGGCGUGGUUCGAGCAAUACUGGCCUCUGCUAGAGGAGAUCUCCACGCACGCGACGACGAUCGAGGGUGAAAUGCUCAAAACGACGUUCUAUGGCGACCGCGAGCGCUCAGUCGCGCUAAAGUUCUGCCUCGUCAUCGCUCUGACGGGCAAGGCGCAAUUGCACUGGCUGCCCCACAAAGACCAUGAGGAGAGCGCGCAGAGGACGUUGGAUGUCGUGCUUGAAAUCGUGAACAUAUCGCGGACGUUCAAAGACAACGACUUCCUGUUGCUCGAUCCACUGCUCGGGGUCUGCUGGGCGACGGUAGCGAGGAUUGUGGCAGAAGCCGUCAAGGGGCGAUUCACGCCGCUUCCGACGGGCGUGUCAUGGAACGCAGCACUGCAGACCAUCGAUACCAGCGUGAAGAAGCUUGGCUUCGAAAUUCCAUUCACAGAGGAUUCUGUACGGGAGAUUUCGGAUGUCGUCCGCGUUGUGGACGCGUCAUGAUGCAUGUGCAUUGAGGUACUAUCGGCAUGGGGAUUUUUUUCCAUCGUCGGACGGUCUAUGAUACGCUUUAGUAUUACUACCCGUGGACUCAUUAAUAUCA